AUGGAGGUCACCGCAGCAAACCUGGAAGCCAUGGGUGGCUAUCUGCAGCAGACACUCUCUCAAGACCCGGACAUCAGACGCAAUGCCGAGAAGUUCUUGGAAUCUGUUGAAGCAAACAAGAAUUACCCACUGCUGCUUCUGCAUCUGAUGGACAAGGACACAGCAGAUCCCCACAUCCGUGUCUCAUCAGCAAUCACAUUUAAAAACUAUGUGAAGCGAAACUGGCGAGUGGAAGAAGGAUUCCCAGAUAAGAUACACCCAGAGGACAGGGAGGCCAUUAAACAAUACAUUGUUGGGCUGAUGCUUAAGAGUCCUGAGCAAGUUCAGAAACAACUGAGUGAUGCCAUCAGCAUCAUAGGCCGGGAAGAUUUCCCCAAGAAAUGGCCAGGUCUGCUAACGGAAAUGAUCAGCAAAUUUGAAACGGGCGAUUUCAACGUCAUCAAUGGCAUUCUGAGGACAGCUCACUCUAUUUUCAAAAGGUAUCGACAUGAGUUCAAGUCUCAAGAACUCUGGGAAGAAAUCAAGUUUGUUCUUGAUCACUUCGCUGCCUCCUUGACUGAGCUUUUCAAGGCAACGAUGGACUUGGCAACAAAACAUGCAAAUGACCCUAAAGCCUUGAAGGUGAUCUUCAGUAGCAUCCUGCUUAUCUGCAAGAUUUUUUACAGCCUCAACUUUCAGGAUCUCCCAGAGCACUUUGAAGACAAUAUGAAGGCAUGGAUGAAACUGUUCAUGGACUUGCUAAGUGCAGACAACAAACUACUUCAGACAAGUGAUGAAGAAGAGGUUGGAUUACUAGAGCAAGUAAAAUCACAAGUUUGUGACAAUGUCACACUAUAUGCUCAGAAAUACGACGAAGAGUUUUCACCCUACCUGCCCGAAUUUGUGACAGCCAUUUGGAGCCUGCUGAUCAACACAGGUCAGGAGGUGAAAUACGAUCUGAUUGUGAGUAAUGCUAUCCAAUUCCUGGCGUCUGUGGCGGAGCGUCCGGCAUACAAAGUUUUGUUUGACAACACUGAGACUCUAGCCAGCAUUUGUGAGAAAGUUGUGGUUCCCAACAUGCAGCUAAGAGAAACGGACGAGGAGCUGUUUGAAGAUAAUCCUGAAGAGUAUAUGAGGAGGGAUAUUGAAGGUUCAGAUGUUGAUACAAGGCGGAGAGCUGCUUGUGACCUAGUUCAGGCCUUGUGUAAAUCAUUUGAAGGGCCAGUUAUUCAGAACUUUUCUCGUUACGUACAGUCACUACUAGAGGAAUAUGGUAAAAAUCCCACACAGAACUGGAAGAGUAAAGAUGCUGCCAUCUUUCUUGUGACAUCCUUAGCAGCUAAAGGACAGACUCAGAGGCAAGGAGUGACACAGACCAGUGAACUUGUCAAUAUAACUGAGUUUUAUCAAGCCCACAUUCUGCCAGAUUUAAAUUCUCCAAACGUGAAUGAAAUGCCCAUCUUGAAAGCUGACGUGAUCAAGUAUUUGAUGGUCUUCAGAAAUCAGCUACCACCUGUUGUAAUCCAGGCCGCAGUUCCCAACCUGAUGAGAUACCUGUCAGCCCAACCUGUUGUCGUACACACAUACGCAGCCAAUGCUCUUGAGAGACUGUUUGUGGUCAAGGUUAACGGUGUUGGAGUUAUCACUUCAGAACAAAUUCAACCCUUGGCAGUUGACUUGCUGACAAGUCUGUUUGGUGCGAUGGAGAUGCCAGGUUCCACAGAAAAUGAGUAUCUCAUGAAAGCCAUAAUGAGGACAAUGUCACUUCUGCAGGAACACAUUGUUCCCAUGAUCCCUCAGUUGGUGGAAGGUUUGAAGGCCAAACUUCUGCUAGUCAGUAAGAACCCCAGCAAGCCACAUUUCAACCACUAUCUGUUUGAGUGCCUUUGUGUGGCCAUCAGAUCUUCAUGUAGGACACAUCCUGAGGCUGUGGCAACAUUUGAAGCAGUUCUCUUCCAGCCUUUUACAGAGAUUCUUCAGCAGGAUGUCCAAGAAUUCAUCCCCUACGUUUUUCAAAUAUUGUCCAUGUUAAUCGAGUUGCACCCUGGCAAGAUCCCAGAUACUUACAUGGCCCUGUUUCCUCACCUUCUGGCACCAGUUCUGUGGGAGCGGCCAGGUAACAUCCCACCUCUGGUGCGUCUGAUUCAGGCUUACAUUCAUAAGGGCACUGACCAGAUAGAGGCAGACAAACUGAAUGGCCUGCUGGGUGUUUUCCAGAAACUGAAUGCAUCAAAGAACCACGACCAUGAGGGUUUCUAUUUACUGAACUAUAUUAUUGAAUUCAUGCCAAAGCAACUCAUCCAGCCCUAUUUGAAACAGAUAUUCCUGCUUCUGUUCCAAAGGUUAAGUAACUCAAAGACUACAAAGUUUGUGAAAAGUUUAUUGGUGUUUUUCUGCCUGUAUGCUGUCAAAUUCGGUCCAGCAUCUCUUAUUGAGAUGAUCGAUGGAAUACAACCAAAAAUGUUUACCAUGGUUGUGGAACGGCUGUUCCUCCAAGACCUGCAGAAAGUGUCUGGCUCGACAUCCAAAAAAAUCUGUGCUGUUGGUGUUACGAAGAUACUCACUGAAGUAGACACCAUGUUGUCUGGAGAUUACGCUGCUCUGUGGCCACGUCUGCUGCAAGCUCUGAUUGGCUUGUUUGAGUUACCAGAGGAUGAUACUCUUCCAGAUGAUGAACAUUUCAUUGAAAUAGAGGAUACCCCCGGCUACCAGACAUCCUACUCACAGUUGGCUUAUGCUGGAAAGCAAGACCAUGAUCCUUUAGCCGGACUUGCAGAUGACCCAAAGCUAACUCUGGCAAAGCAUCUGGAGAAAUUGGCUGUUCGUCAUCCAGGCAUGCUUCAGCCACUGAUCAGCUCCGGGAUGGAACCGGAGGCCCGGAACUUUCUCCAGCAGUACUGUCAGUCUGCAAAUGUGACUCUCGCCUGA